UUCCAACCUGCUUUUAGCUCUAUGCGGCUCAUGCGGGCUCGCGGUGAAGAAUAGGUUGACGCUUAACCUCGCGUGCGUUUGUUUACUAGGGAAGCCCGAAUACUGACUGUUCUUAUACCUUAUCCGCCCAUGUCUACAAGCCCAUUCAUCAGAGUGAGUCGUUGGUAGUCAUUAAUACGUUAAAGAUUAUUUUCUGCUUCUCUAUCCUUUACUCUCAUAAAAAAAAGCUGCAUUUUACUGAAAGCAACGAAGCGAAAUAAACACUCACGACAGGACCGCGUGUUUCCGAGGGGACUAAAGUUAUUCAUGCUGAUGCUGUGACAGAACGACGCAGUGAAACAAAGCACGUAUUUUCUAAAAAAAAAAAGGUCAGAGCCUUGACCUGAGCCAAUCCUCUAAGAGCAGCAGCGCCGGUCACCGUGGAGAUGGACAUGAAGGAGCGUCCGCACCGAUCCCUGACCCGGGGCCGCUGCAGGAAGGACCUCCAACACGCCACCGCGUCCCUGCAGCCGGAGGAGUGCCGCGUGGCCACCCAGAAGUCCUACAGCUCCAGUGAGACGCUCAAGGCCUAUGACCGCGACACGCACCUGCACUACGGGGGCUGCGUGGCUGAGCUGGUGUGCCACGAGCACCAGGAGUACGUCCGACAAGGGAGCUUCACGCUGGCGGAGCUGGGAGUGAGUGACCAACAGGCCCAGACCCAGACCCAGACCCAGCACCAGGCUGCCUACCACUCCUCUCACUCGGAGCUGGGCUUGCUGCAGCGGGGCUACUCCCUCAGCGCCGGCUCCGAUGCAGACUCCGACCCGGAGGGGGCCAUGUCCCCGGAGCGCGCCGUACAGCUGUGGGGGGGUCACGCGAUCAAGUCCCGCCGCAGCUCCGGCCUCUCCAGCAGGGAGAACUCAGCCCUCACACUCACCGACUCCGACAACGAACACAAGUCUGACGACGAGUCAGGUAGGACAGAGAUUGGGGGAGGGACAUAAUUAUGAAGCCGAGAGGGAAAUGUGGUGGGGGUGGAAGUCUUCAUCUCUCUAUCCCCCUACCUAAAACUUUCUAACUACUACCUAAUACUACCUAAUACUACC